AUGGCGGAUUGUGGAAGUAAUAUACGAGAGGAUGAUGAAGUUCCUGGGCGUGUCGAAGAAACUUUGUGUCAAAUGCGUGUCAAAGAAAUUAUGUGUCAACCAUGUUUAAGUAAGGAUAAGAAAAAUGUGGCUGACAAGUUUUGUUCAACAUGCAACGAAUUCCAGUGUAAUGAUUGUUCAGAUGUGCAUAACGUGCUUGCAGUCUUUAAAAGUCAUAAAUUGCUAAACGCAAAUGUAGCUCAUGUAAUCAGAUGUGAUGAACAUCAAAAGGUUAUAGAUUUAUUCUGUGAAGCUGAGAACAAGCUUUGUUGCAGUACUUGCGCCAUUGUUGAUCAUAGUAAAUGUCACAGUGUUGUUGAGGUUGAGAAACUUGCAGGGAAAAUGACGUCAUCAAGUUCUAGUUUAGAAGAGAUAUUGAAGGAAGCUAAAGAAAAUGCUGAAAAUAUUGCAAGAGAUAUUAUCUCUUCAAAGGAUCAACUUGUUCAAGACGUUGAAGAAAUACAAGCGAUAAUUAGGGAAAUGCGAGAUGAAGUAGUGAAAAUGUUUGAAGAAUUGGAAAAGACGGACGAUUACAUCGAGGAACCAUUUAUUACAGGAUUAGACUUUCUACCCGAUGGUAGACUAGUUGCUGUGGAUAAUAACAAUAUGAAAUUGAUAGUUUACGAUGAGAAACUUGAGGUAUUAGGAUCAUAUCAAUUAUCUUAUGGGCCACUAGCCAUUGUUUCUGUAUCUGAGGAUGAAGUAGCGAUAACAAGUGGCGACACAUAUAUGAUAGACCUUCUACGUGUUGGUAAAGCUAAUGAGAUAAGUUCAAGAAGAAAAUAUCGUGUAACCACGAAAUAUGAUUCUAUAUGUUUAAAGGAUAAUAGCCAAUUUGUUGUAGGGACUUUUGAUUACCAAAUACCCGUUGAAAUAAUAUCAUUGGCAGGAGAACCAGAUGCUUUAAGUAUAAACUUUCCGAACAAGGCAUAUCAGGCAGACACGAGCGUUUGUACUUACAUACAGAACAUUAAUAAACUCGUGCUUACAGAUAUCUACAAGCAUACUAUCUACAUAUAUGAUAUCAUGACAAACACGAGAGUAGUUGUAAAAGAUGAUCAUAUACAGACACCAUGUGGUGUAGCAGUUGGUCCCUCUGAUACUAUCCUGGUUUGUAGUUAUGGAACAGACUCCAUUGUACAGAUAUCACAAACAGGUCAGAUCUUGUCAUCACACAAGAUAGAUAUGAAAUAUCCGUAUAGAGUUUUGUGUUUCACUUGA